GCAGGUACGUUCAUCGCGUACUUCAUUCCUUUCACUGGUUUUCUUUCUCUGUUCCGAAAUGGAAUCCCUUUUAUCAAGCUUUCAAAUUGUAUCAUUAGAUCAGAUCCAGAACUAUUGUGGGUUUUCUAGUUUCUUUCUAGAUCCCAAGGGUUACCGUCCCAGAAAGAUUCCUCUUUUUCCUGGGUUUGAUUUCUCUUAUAGCAGAAGAGACCGGUGGAGAAGGCCAACGUCUCAUGUCAAGUGUUCUUCCCUUAAGCAAGGGCUGCAACCAAGACCCAAGCCGAAGCCCAAGCCUAAUAUCACCCAAAAUUUAGAACUAGAGGUUGCUUCUGAAGAAACACAAAGUAGGAAACCCGCUUCAGGGCUAUGCGCUCAGAUAGAGAAGCUCGUUUACUACAAAAGAUUUGAAGAGGCACUUGAAUUGUUUGAAAUUUUCGAGUGCGGGAAUAAUUAUGAUGUGGGGAGCACCACCUACGAUGCGUUGGUGACUGCAUGUAUAGGGUUGAGAUCUAUUAGAGGAGUUAAGAGAGUGUCCAGGUACAUGUUUGAAAGUGGAGUUGAGUGGGAUCAGUAUUUGCAAAACAGGGUCUUGUUGAUGCACGUGAAAUGCGGGAUGAUGAUAGAUGCACGCCGAUUGUUUGAUGAUAUGGCCGAGCGAAACUUGGUGUCCUGGAACACAAUUAUGGGUGGGCUUGUCGAUUCAGGAGAAUACAAUGAGGCUUUCCAGUUGUUCCUUCUCAUGUGGUCAGAGUUUUCGGAUGCUAACUCCCGCAUGUUUGCCACGAUGAUUCGGGCUUCCGCUGGAUUGGGACUAGUCUCUGCAGGGAGACAGUUGCACUCCUGUGUCUUGAAGAUGGGGAUAAGACCUGAUAUUUUUGUGUCUUGUUCUCUGAUUGACAUGUAUAGUAAGUGUGGGAACAUUGAAGAUGCUCAAUUUGUCUUUGAUGAAAUGCCAGAGAAGACAGUGGUUGGAUGGAAUUCAAUUAUUGCAGGGUAUGCACUUCAUGGGUAUAGUGAGGAAGCUCUGAGUAAGUAUCAUGAGAUGCAGUGUUCAGGUGUGAAAAUGGAUCACUUCACUUAUUCCAUAAUUAUUCGAAUAUGCACCCGUUUAGCUUCACUAGAGCAUGCUAGGCAAGCCCAUGCUGGUCUAGUUCGUCAUGGUUUUGGGUUAGAUGUAGUAGCUAACACGGCACUGGUCGACUUGUAUAGCAAAUGGGGUAGGAUUGAAGAUGCACGACAUGUUUUUGAUAACAUGCCUCGCAAGAAUGUCAUCUCUUGGAAUGCUUUGAUUGCUGGAUAUGCUAACCAUGGUCGGGGAGUGGAGGCUGUUGAGAUGUUUGAAAAAAUGCUUUGUGAAGUCAUGGUUCCCAAUCAUGUAACUUUUCUUGCUGUGUUGUCUGCCUGUAGCUAUUCCGGCUUGUCGGAUAAAGGGUGGGAAAUUUUUGAAUCAAUGAGCGGGGACUACAAUAUUAAGCCCCGAGCAAUGCACUAUGCAUGCAUGAUUGAGCUGUUAGGACGAGAAGGUCUCUUGGAUGAAGCUUUUGCAUUGAUAAGAGAUGCUCCCUUUAAGCCUACUUUGAACAUGUGGGCAGCCUUGCUGACAGCCUGUAGAGUCCACAAGAAUUUAGAACUUGGGAAAUUUGCGGCUGAAAAGCUUUAUGGGAUGGAACCUGAGAAGCUUAACAACUACAUCUUGUUGUUGAACAUCUAUAACAGUUCUGGAAGGUUGGAGGAAGCUGCUGCAGUCGUACAGACCUUGAAAAGAAGGGGCUUGAGAAUGCUUCCCGCAUGUAGUUGGAUUGACGUUAAGAAAAAGCCUCACAUUUUCCUUUCAGGAGAUAAAUCCCAUAUUCAAACCAAAGAAAUUUACCAAAAAGUAGACAGCUUGAUGCUGGAGAUAACAAAACGUGGUCAUAUCCCAAUUCAGAAAUCUUUGCUUCCUGAUGUGGAUGAACAGGAAGCACAGAUUUCUUUCUACCAUAGUGAAAAACUUGCAAUUGCUUUUGGACUCAUCAAUACGUCGAGUUCAACAUCAUUACAAAUAGUGCAGAGUCAUCGGAUCUGUGCUGAUUGCCACGAGGUGAUUAAGUUGAUAGCCUCAGUUACCGGUCGAGUAAUUGUUGUGAGGGAUGCUAGUCGCUUUCACCAUUUCAAGGAUGGAACUUGUUCUUGUGGGGAUUACUGGUGACUCUACAAUAUUCAAUGUCGGAAUGACAAAUUUUGUAUUCCAUUAAUAUUGCUAUAUGCCUCUUCUUAGUACUAAUUAAAGGUAUGAUUAUUUUUGAAAUAUAUAAAUGGAAAUAUAAAUCUAGUAUUCUUUGCACAAUCUUUGCAAAUCUUUGGGAGUUUGAUCAUGUGUCCUAUUUCCUUCAUGCUGCAUAGUUUCCUGCAGUUAUUUGAUUUAUUUAAAGUGCCUUAUCUUUGGUGAUCGUUAUUCAGAGUAUUUAGCAUAUGAUGAACCCAUUUCCGAUUUGAGAUAUAUAAAGAAGGGUAAAUUGUAUGUUGUCAGAAACACUUGUUAUGAAAAAUCUUUAACCUCCUUGAUCCUGCUUUUAUUGUAUGUAUUGUUAUUAAACAUAAUUACAGUAUAUUGAAGUACCGCUAAGGAUAAGGAUUACGAUACCUGUCUAGAUUCAUUCUAUGUAGGCUGAGGACUGUGACUGUAUUAUAACUCAAUCAUAGCUAAGCAUCUAUUUGUAAUCCAUCAUCGCAUUAUAUUUAUAAAUAAGAUUGUCCUCUGUCAUCUCAAAGCAAGCUAAAUCGUUCUCCUAAUCUUCGCUUCUCAACUUGGUAUUAGAGCAAGGGAAGUCCAGUGUUCGACUCCUGGGAAGUGCAUUGGAUGAGACGUGUUCCACGCAUCUCUUCUUCUUUUUCCUCUCCUCUUCUAAUAUAAGAUCAAAUCACAAGUGAUUUAAUCCCAAAUAGGACCUAGAGACAAAUCCAACACCUUGCUGCUAGGUCUGAUCGCAGUACAAUAUUGAUUCCCAAACCAGUAACUGAAACCCACAAAAUAGGCCAAUCAGCUAGGGUUGAAUAGGUAUAAAAGUCCAGUGCAAACACCUUUCAGAUGAUAACUGAGACUCAAAUAUCACUCAGAAUAAUAUUUUAAUAACCUAAAAUAACCCCCAAACAAUGCUUUGAAAAUAGGAACAGAAUAGCAAUACCUGAACCUGGAAAUUUUAGGUCAAACUUAGAGAAAACCAAAAAACUCACAAGAGGAAACUCAGAUGGGGCUGAAACCCUGAUUGAAGCUGGUGGAUAAGGCUUAAUUACCUCCAAAAAUCUGGGCCUGGACUGAUGACAGAUGACUGAGAUUCGAGCGUUCUUGAUUAGGUCAUAAAAAAGGUAACUUUUCAGGAACUUGGUAAAUAGGCCUCUGUUGCCCAAGCAGCUCUUGGGGACCUUGUUGAUUUUCAAAAGCCAGUCUUCAAUGGCCUGCUAAUCUGGAAGUUCUGCAGCUGUGAAGAUAACUCAGAAAUCCCUCAAUUAAAGCUGCCGCAAACCUUGUCAGGAGCCUCAGUUCACAGCAGUGCAAACAGGCUGUAAGGACUUGUAUUCGGCCCUAGAAUAGAAUUCAGAAAAUGUUUAAUCCACCCAGAAAAUCAAAAAAGGAAAAGAGAACCGACGGAAGAAAGAGAAGGGGGAAGAAGAUAGAUUGGAUUAGGCCUCUCACCCUCUCCCUUGGGCCUCCCACACUCUCAUAGUUUUAGGCAUCCCAUCUGAUGCAGAUACAACUGCACUUACCUGGUUGGACCAGCAUGAUCGGCUGUGGAAGCCAAGGGCCAAGAAGAACCGGUCUAGCCCAGGGUUCUGGUCCAACAAGAGUUGGAAAUAAAAUUAGUAGUUACUUAGUAUUUUAUUUCAUGCUUUUUACUUUCCAGAAUUGAACGUAGGAGUAGGAUUUGUUUCCUUGCUUUGGUUUCCUUUUUAUUGGUUGUUCCCUAAUUUAGGCUAGUUUCCAUUUCAGUUAAGUUUCUAAUUCUAUGUUUUUUAUUUUUCUAUAUAUUGGAUGUAACCGAUGGACAAAAGAGAAUGACUUGAUGAAUGAGAAAUUGGUUAUAAUUUUGUGCUCUGUGAAAGUUUGUGCUUUCCCUCUUUCUUCUACAACUUUGGUUUUCCUCUCCUUCCCUAAAGUUACCCCAUCAAUUUGGUAUCAGAGCCAAAGAUCCCCAUUCCCCUUCUUCCCUUCCCCAUUCUCUGUUUCGGUUCUACCGAGACUGAGAACAAAGAAAAAAAAAAACCCUUCUCUAGGGUUCCACUGGCAAAAAAAAAAGAAAGAAAAGAGAAGCAGCAGAAAAGAGGAGAGAAUAGAAGACAGAAAAGAAAAAAUAAGACAGAAGAAGAAGAAGAGAAAGAAGAACAGAAGAAGAAAGAAUAAAAAAGAAGAAGACGAGAAGACGAGAAGAGAGAGAAAGGACAGAGAACAUACCUGAUUUUUGAAGUCCAGCCGUGAGUUGCCAUCUCCAUCGUCAAUCGCAGCAGCAUCUCUUAGUGGUUGUUGGUCCUGAAAUCGACAGAGAAAACCCUGCUGGUUUCCAUCUCCAAGAAAGAGGCACGUUUCCCCUUUGUCGGUAACCCAAACUCCCACCCCCGAGCCUUUCUUCUUUCUUUAACUAUCUUUUAAUUUUUCUGAUAUUCCCACUUUGUCGUCUCUUUAUAUUUUAUUUCUUUUGUCCCUAUUUUAGUUUUGUUUCCAAUUCUGUCCUUCCACACACGUUAUAUUUGCCUUAUGUUCUUAAUUGAUUUCCUUCUAAUA